CCGUGUGCAGACCUCCUCCUAAUUCUGGUCUACCUUAGUGUUUGCUCUCUCUCCGUUAUUGCUGAGAGCAGGCAGGCCUGCUGCGGAAGGAGGAGGAGAAGGAAAAAUGGCCGACCACCGCAAGAAGGAGUGCCAGGAUGUAGCCAUAUAGCACCGGGGCUUUGUCGACGGACUCCAGAGAACUGGGGGCAGGGUGCCUGUAUCUGGAUCUCGCUUCCAAAGACCAGUCUAAACUGAGAAGCAGGGAAGGGAGGAAAACUUUCCAGAAUCAAAUCUGCAAGAGGCUGGAAAGGAGGAAGAAGCUUCUUGGAUCUCUGAGGGUAUAUGUGAGGGUGUCUCUGUUACCCUGACUCAAGACAUCUACAAGGGUAUCACUGUAUCUGCUGUUGUAGCUGCCCCUAAUCUGCAGAAUCUGAAGACUUUGCCCCUGACCUGAGAAUAUUCUGGACCAGAACAAGUCAGCUCUGUGUCCAGGUUAAGAGAUUCACCCCAGCUGUAUGAUGGGUCGCACCCGGGAAGCUGGAUGUGUGGCUGCAGGCAUGGUCAUUGGGGCUGGUGCCUGCUACUGUGUAUACAGACUGACCUGGGGAAAAGAUGAGAAUGAGAAGUUGUGGGCUGAGGAAGAGGAGGAAGAGGAGGAAGAGGAGGAAAAGUCUUGUAGAGGCAAACCAGUAAUUGGGGGCAAAACUGAGAAAGUACUUAAGACUAAUGUUGGGGUAGGGGUGGGAGGCAAACCUCAAGAUGACUCGAAGUCCAAGGUUGAGGUGAAUGUGGGACCUGAGAAUGGUUCAGGUGUAAAGAAGGAAGUGCACCCGGAAUCCCAGAGUGGGGGUGGCCUAGAGGCUAAGGCCAAGGCCCUUUUCAAGACUCUAAAGGAACAGGCAUGUGCAAAGGCAGGCAGACGCAUAAGGCUUCCUAACAUCUCUAGGAAUAGGACCCUGAUAUCAAGUUUGCCCUGCCCAGGAGGCAGGGGUGGAGGCUGCCACCCGGGAAGGACUGGCUCUAGGGCUAGGAACAGGACAAGUGGGAAAGUCAAGAGAAAGAACCGAAGCAAGAGCAACAAGGCUCCAGCCACAGCAUGGCCUGUACGCAAGGGCAAGUUCAGCUUUCCCUAUAAAAUUGAUGAUAUUCUGAGUGCCCCUGAUCUUCAGAAGGUUCUGAACAUCCUGGAGAGAACAAAUGACCCUUUUACUCAGGAAGUAGCAUUGGUCACACUGGGUAACAAUGCAGCAUAUUCAUUUAAUCAAAAUGCCAUCCGUGAAUUGGGUGGGGUCCCCAUUAUUGCAAAACUGAUAAAAACAAGAGACCCCAUUAUUAGGGAAAAGACUUACAAUGCUCUUAAUAACUUGAGCGUUAAUUCUGAGAAUCAGGGCAAGAUUAAGACUUAUAUCAGUCAAGUGUGUGACGAUACCAUGGUUUGCCGCUUGGACUCAGCUGUCCAAAUGGCUGGAUUAAGACUCCUUACCAACAUGACUGUAACUAAUCACUACCAACAUUUGCUUUCCUAUUCUUUCCCAGAUUUCUUUGCUUUGUUAUUCCUGGGAAACCACUUCACCAAGAUACAGACUAUGAAACUGAUUAUAAAUUUUACUGAAAACCCAGCCAUGACAAGAGAGCUGGUCAGUUGUAAAGUACCUUCCGAAUUGAUUUCUCUCUUUAAUAAAGAAUGGGAUAGAGAGAUUCUUCUUAACAUUCUUACCCUCUUUGAAAAUAUAAAUGAUAACAUAAAAAGUGAAGGGCUUGCAUCCUCCAGGAAGGAAUUCAGCAGAAGCUCAUUAUUUUUCUUAUUUAAAGAGUCUGGAGUAUGUGUGAAGAAAAUCAAAGCAUUAGCAAAUCAUAAGGAUCUGGUGGUCAAAGUGAAAGUUCUAAAAGUCUUAACCAAAUUAUAAUUUUAGAUCUGUUCCAAACACCACUGAUGGGAUGUUUCUUAAGUUUGCACGUGGGAACAAUGCAUUUUGUAAAUUCUUAGGUUUUCAUUGCGCUUGUGUAGCAAAGGGAUACUUUGAGCUGCUAUUUAGGAAAAAUGAACAUCACAGAUUAUAAAUAGCCAUUGAUGCUGGCUUUAGACUGAGCCACUUUAAGUAUGCCAAAUAUAUAUUAGAGCUUGCACAAAGAAAACAUUUAUUAAUUCAACUUGCUACCUAGGUUGAGAUAUUUUUAUUGUUUAAACUGACAGUGAAGUAACCAUAUGUCAUAAAUAAGCUAUACUUUUGUAUUAAUUUCAAUUUGUUCAUCUAAGAGUUGUGCUUUAUCAAUAAAGUUAUGUUUAAGCAGAAGGAAAAAA